UCACGUCAGCUCUAGACACAGUCGACAAUAUAAAUGAGCUGUGCACUCCGUCAAACACAUCAUCUUGAAGAGAAGGAAGCAAUCUGCACUUUCUACAGGAGCCUGUCAUCAUGUUUCCAACAGCGGCCUCAUUUGUGGUUUGCAUUGCCCUGGCUCUCAGCAGGGUUGCAGCUCAGGGUGACGAGAAGGAAGAAGUGGUGAAGAGGGAAGCGUCAAUGUGUGAUGGUUCCUGUCUGAAGGGUUGGAGCAGUUUCAAAAACAAGUGCUACCAGUAUGUAAAGGACAAGAAGACAUGGGCUGAUGCUGAGUUGUACUGCCUCAGUCUCGGAGGGAACCUCGCCUCUAUACACAGUGUCGAAGACAACCAGGCCAUCCAGAACCUGAUCAGAAAUAAUGACGCCUCAAAUGGUUAUACCUGGAUCGGGGGUUCUGACUGCUUCAAG